CGCGGCGUGGCGAGCAGGAGGCAGGAGCGGGACGCGCAGGGGAGCCGGGACCCUCCCGCGCACACGCACAUGCACACGCUGCGCGCUCUCACGCGCACACACACGCCCUCCCUGCCGCGCUCGCCGCCGCGGCCACCAUCGCGGAGCCGAGCCCUGCGGAGCGGGAACCGGAGCCGGAGCGGGGACCGGAGGCAGCCGAGCCGGGGGAUGCCGGCCCGGAGCGGAGCCGCGCGCGGACGGCGCGCCCGGGACGCCUCUGGCACCCACAGGCCCUGAGGCUCCAGUGCCCACAGGCAGAGAGGGCGACUGAGUCCAGCCCAGGCUGAGCCCUGCCCAGCUGUACUCCCCAGACAUCCACCCAACCCAAGGUGUCCCACUGAGGAGGCCCUGAUCUUGAGCCCGGAGCCCUGAGCCCUGAGCCGAUGCUUGAGGGUCUUAAAACCAUGACCUGGCUACCUUGAGUCUGUGGGGCUACAUAGCCUUCAGCCUGCAUCUCCAGGGCUCUGACUCUAUCCAGCUCCUGGACCAGCUCCCAAGUCUACUCCUGACCCCAGCCUGGGCCAAGGGGACUCCUCAAGCUUUGGGACCCAGCAGGACACAGCAGCAGUCAGGUGCAUGCUGGGACCGCGACGGACAGGCUACCACACCCCAGGCCCCCAGAGGCCAGUCUGUUUGCCUCCCAACGCCAUCUGACCCAGGUGAGCGAGAGGAUGCUGGCGGGGGGCAUGAGGAGCAUGCCCAGCCCCCUCCUGGCCUGCUGGCAGCCCAUCCUCCUGCUGGUGCUGGGCUCGGUGCUGUCAGGCUCGGCCACGGGCUGCCCGCCCCGCUGCGAGUGCUCCGCCCAGGACCGUGCUGUGCUGUGCCACCGCAAGCGCUUUGUGGCAGUGCCCGAGGGCAUCCCCACCGAGACGCGCCUGCUGGACCUAGGGAAGAACCGCAUCAAAACGCUCAACCAGGACGAGUUCGCCAGCUUCCCGCACCUGGAGGAGCUAGAGCUCAACGAGAACAUCGUGAGCGCCGUGGAGCCCGGCGCCUUCAACAACCUCUUCAACCUCCGGACGCUGGGUCUCCGCAGCAACCGCCUGAAGCUCAUCCCGCUAGGCGUCUUCACUGGCCUCAGCAACCUGACCAAGCUGGACAUCAGCGAGAACAAGAUCGUUAUCCUGCUGGACUACAUGUUCCAGGACCUGUACAACCUCAAGUCACUGGAGGUUGGCGACAAUGACCUCGUCUACAUCUCCCACCGCGCCUUCAGCGGCCUCAACAGCCUGGAGCAGCUGACGCUGGAGAAAUGCAACCUGACCUCCAUCCCCACCGAGGCGCUGUCACACCUGCACGGCCUCAUCGUCCUGAGGCUCCGGCACCUCAACAUCAACGCCAUCCGGGACUACUCCUUCAAGAGGCUGUACCGACUCAAGGUCUUGGAGAUCUCCCACUGGCCCUACUUGGACACCAUGACACCCAACUGCCUCUACGGCCUCAACCUGACGUCCCUGUCCAUCACACACUGCAAUCUGACCGCUGUGCCCUACCUGGCCGUCCGCCACCUAGUCUAUCUCCGCUUCCUCAACCUCUCCUACAACCCCAUCAGCACCAUUGAGGGCUCCAUGUUGCAUGAGCUGCUCCGGCUGCAGGAGAUCCAGCUGGUGGGCGGGCAGCUGGCCGUGGUGGAGCCCUAUGCCUUCCGCGGCCUCAACUACCUGCGCGUGCUCAAUGUCUCUGGCAACCAGCUGACCACGCUGGAGGAAUCGGUCUUCCACUCGGUGGGCAACCUGGAGACACUCAUCCUGGACUCCAACCCACUGGCCUGCGACUGUCGGCUCCUGUGGGUGUUCCGGCGCCGCUGGCGGCUCAACUUCAACCGGCAGCAGCCCACGUGCGCUACGCCCGAGUUCGUCCAGGGCAAGGAGUUCAAGGACUUCCCUGAUGUGCUACUGCCCAACUACUUCACCUGCCGCCGCGCCCGCAUCCGGGACCGCAAGGCCCAGCAAGUGUUUGUGGAUGAGGGCCACACGGUGCAGUUUGUGUGCCGAGCCGACGGCGACCCGCCGCCCGCCAUCCUCUGGCUCUCACCCCGAAAGCACCUGGUGUCAGCCAAGAGCAAUGGGCGGCUCACAGUCUUCCCUGAUGGCACGCUGGAGGUGCGCUACGCCCAGGUACAGGACAACGGCACGUACCUGUGCAUCGCGGCCAACGCGGGCGGCAACGACUCCAUGCCAGCCCACCUGCAUGUGCGCAGCUACUCGCCUGACUGGCCCCAUCAGCCCAACAAGACCUUCGCCUUCAUCUCCAACCAGCCGGGCGAGGGAGAGGCCAACAGCACCCGCGCCACUGUGCCUUUCCCCUUCGACAUCAAGACCCUCAUCAUCGCCACCACCAUGGGCUUCAUCUCUUUCCUGGGCGUCGUCCUCUUUUGCUUGGUGCUGCUGUUUCUCUGGAGCCGGGGCAAGGGCAACACGAAGCACAACAUCGAGAUUGAGUAUGUGCCCCGAAAGUCGGACGCAGGCAUCAGCUCCGCCGACGCGCCCCGCAAGUUCAACAUGAAGAUGAUAUGAGGCCGGGGCGGGGGGCAGGGACCCCCGGGCGGCCGGGCAGGGGAAGGGGCCUGGCCGCCACCUGCUCACUCUCCAGUCCUUCCCACCUCCUCCCUACCCUUCUACACACGUUCUCUUUCUCCCUCCUGUCUCCGUCCCCUGCUGCCCCCCGCCAGCCCUCACCACCUGCCCUCCUUCUACCAGGACCUCAGAAGCCCAGGCCUGGGGACCCCACCUACACCGGGGCAUUGACAGACUGGAGUUGAAAGCCGACGAACCGAGACACGUGGCAGAGUCAAUAAUUCAAUAAAAAAGUUACGAACUUUCUCUGUAACUUGGGUUUCAAUAAUUAUGGAUUUUUAUGAAAACUUGAAAUAAUAAAAAGAGAAAAAAACUAUUUCCUCUAGCUAGUCGGAAUGCAAACUUUUGACGUCCUGAUUGCUCCAGGGCCCUCUUCCAACUCAGUUUCUUGUUUUUCUCUUCCUCCUCCUCCUCUUCUUCCUCCUUUCUCUUCUCUUCCCCAGUGGGGAGGGAUCACUCAGGAAAACAGGAAAGGAGGUUCCAGCCCCACCCACCUGCCCACCCCGCCCCAGGCACCAUCAGGAGCAGGCUAGGGGGCAGGCCUGGGCCCAGCUCCGGGCUGGCUUUUUGCAGGGAGCAGGUGGAGGGGACAGGUCUGCCGAUGGGGGUGGGAGCCUGUCUGCUGGGCUGCCAGGCGGCACUACUGCAAGGGGUGGGAGCCUGGCUUGGGUGUGGCUGAGACUCUGGAGAGGGGCUGGGGUCCUCCUGGGGGACAGCACAGUCAGUGGAGAGAGCCAGGGGCUGGAGGUGGGGCCCACCCCAGCCUCUGGUCCCAGCUCUGCUGCUCACUUGCUGUGUGACCUCAAGCAGGUCACUGGCCUCUCUGGGCCUCAGUCUCCACAUCUGUACAAAUGGGAACAUUACCCCCUGCCCUGCCUACCUCACAGGGCUGUUGUGAGGAAUUGAUGAGAUGAUGUAUGUGAAACACUUUGUAACCUGUAAAGCGCUGUGCACACGUGUGG